CUAAACUAACUUUCAACUUCCCUUUGGGGCAAGUCUUUCCCUGCCGUGACCACAGUUCUGAGCAGAGAGGAACUGGAUGGUAUGGUACACACUUCUCUUCGAGUCAAUUGGUCCCAGAUAGAUCCAAAACAUGAGACUGUCGGCAAAAAUUAUUUGGCUUAUAUUAUGGACUGUCUGUGUGGCAGAAGAUUGCAAAGGUCCUCCUCCAAGAAAAAAUUCAGAAAUUCUCACAGGUUCGUGGUCUGAACAAUUAUAUCCAGAAGGCACCCCGGCUACCUACAAAUGCCGCCCGGGAUACCGAACACUUGGUACUAUUGUAAAAGUUUGUAAGAAUGGGGAAUGGGUGGCUUCUAACCCAUCCAGAAUAUGUCAGGAAAAGCCGUGUAGGCAUCCUGGAGACACACCCUUUGGGUCCUUUAGGCUGACAGUUGGAGAUGGAUUUGAGUUUGGUGCAAAGGUUGUUUAUACCUGUGAUGAAGGGUAUCAACUCUUAGGUGAAAUUGAUUACCGUGAAUGUGGUGCAGAUGGGUGGACCAAUGAUGUUCCAAUAUGUGAAGUUGUGAAGUGCUUACCAGUGACUGAACUGGAGAAUGGAAGAAUUGUGAGUGGUGCAGCAGAACCAGACCAGGAAUAUUAUUUUGGGCAGGUGGUGCGCUUUGAAUGCAAUUCAGGCUUCAAGAUUGAUGGACAGAAGGAAAUGCACUGCUCAGAAAAUGGCCUUUGGAGCAAUGAAAAGCCACAAUGUGUGGAAAUUUCCUGCACGCCACCGCGAGUUGAAAAUGGAGAUGGUAUAUAUGUGAAACCAGUUUACAAAGAGAAUGAAAGAUACCAGUAUAAGUGUAAGCAAGGUUAUGUGUACAAAGAAAGAGGGGAUGCUCUCUGCACGAGUUCUGGAUGGAGUCCUCAUCCUUCCUGUGAAGGUGACAUUAUUCUUAUUUUCUAU